AUGGUGGGCCCUCAGUUUGCCGGAGCAAGUAGCAGGAGCAGCAACAAGUGGAGAUCGCAUUCACACAAAGGAAAAUGGCACCCUCAGUGAUCCCAACUACCGUUAAUCCGGAUAUCCAGAAGGAGCGCAAUGCGGCCAGCUUCAGCAGUGAUGAGUUCGCGGCCUGGUGGUCAGGGGGCGAGGAGAAGCUAAAGUUCAACCGAGACGUGCGCGAAUACCUGCAGAAGGAUAUGGAUGUGGAGGAGGUGCGGCAGAUUCACAACAAGUCGCAUGAGGAGAUCUACGAGCUCUCCAGCAAAUCGGCCAUUGCUGCGGCCAGGAAGCUGCAGCGCCUGCAAAAGGAGCGCAAUCCUGGGGGAAACGACUACUGGCCUGCAUUGUACGAUAAUCAGGUCAUGUGGGGCCUGGUGCCGGGUGGCAAUCCCUUCGGCGUGAUGUACGUGAUGCUGGUGAAGGCGCUGCAGGCUCAGUGCACCCCCGAGCAGUACGAGGAGUUCGGCAAGCGCAUAGAGAACUUUGAGGUCUGCGGAACGUACGCCCAGACAGAGCUGGGACAUGGCACGUACCUUCGCGGACUGGAGACACGUGCUGAUUUCGAUCCGAAGACGGACGAGUUUGUGCUCAACACUCCCAAGAUAUCCUCCUACAAAUGGUGGCCAGGAGGCUUGGGCCACAGCUCCAACCACUGCAUGGUGAUGGCCCAGCUGUACGUUGACAACAAACCCAAGGGCCCACAUAUGUUCUACGUACAGGUACGCGACGAGGAGACGCACGAGCCCCUGCCCGGCAUCCACAUCGGCGACAUUGGCAAGAAAAUGGGCUUCAUUGGCGUGAACAAUGGGUUCCUGGGCCUGAAGAACGUCCGCAUUCCCCGCACCCGCAUGCUGAUGCGCCAUGCGCAGGUCAAUGCCGACGGCAGCUACGUCAGCAGUCCCUCGAAUGUCCUCACCUACUUUGCCAUGGUGCGCACGCGCUGUGUGAUUGCCUGGAACAACGCUGUCAUGCUGGCGAUUGCCGCUACCAUCGCCACUCGCUACUCGGCCGUGCGCCGUCAGAGUCCCAUCAAUCCCAAGGAGCCAGAGCCACAGAUUAUGGACCACGUGACGCAGCAGAUGAAGCUGUUCCCGGAGAUAGCGACCAGCGUGGCCUACCGGCUGGCCAGUGCGCAUCUCUGGAAUCUGUACGACAUUACCUUGGGCGACAUAUCGAAUGGCAGGUACGAGCGUCUCCCGGAGCUGCACUCUCUGUCCUGUGCCCUGAAGGUGAACUGCUCCUCUGACUCGACCAUUGGCGUGGAGAGGCUGAGACUGGCCUGCGGCGGACAUGGCUAUCUCAGCUCCUCCAACAUGGGCAAUGUCUACGUUAAUGCCACGGCUGCCUGCACCUAUGAGGGCGAGAACACGGUGCUGCUCCUGCAGAUUGGCCGCUUUCUGAUGAAGUCGUGGCGAGCGGCAUUGAGUGGAGCUCCGCUGGCGCCGACCGUCAGGUACUUGGCUGAGGUCCAGAAGAAACCCGAAUUUGGCUCGUGGACCGGCACCUGGGAUAACAUGGUACAGGCCAUGCAGUUUGCUGCUGCUAAGAAGACAGCCUUGGCUUUCAAGAGCCUCUCCAGUCGUCUGUCCAGAGGCGAGACCGAGGAGACAGCGGCCAACCACACGGGAAUCGAGCUCACUCAGGCAGCAGAGCUGCACGGCCGCGCCUUUGUGUUCUCCUCAUUUACCGAUGAGGUCACUGGUCCCAACGCAAGGACUCGUUCAGCGGCGUUGAACCAAGUCCUGGAGAACCUUCUGGAACUGUACCUGGUCAAGGAGUCGCUUAAUCACAUGGCCAACUUGCUUAGAUUCAUCAACUUGACGGACACGGAUCUGACCAGGCUGCAGGACCGCCUGGAGACGGUGUUGACCAAGCUCCGUCCCGAUGCUGUGGCCAUUGUGGAUGGCUUUGACUUCAGCGACGUGCAGCUUAACUCCACGCUGGGCUCCUUCGACGGCAAUGCCUACGAGCGAAUUUUCGAUGCGGCCAUGAAGAAUCCCAUGAACCAGAAGUCGGUGCCAAAGUCCUUCCAUGAGCACCUUAAGCCCUUCAUGAAGUCCAAUAUCUAGUGUCAGUGCAAUGUGUAUAUGCGUGUGCAUAUGCCUCUAACAAUAUCCGUAUCGACCAGAUUUAGUUUAUCUUGCCAUUGCGCCUGUAUGUCUCUCGUGAUUUAAAGCAAAUGCAAAUUAUGUACCAUAAAUUUAUUAUCACAUUAA